AACUGUUCUUCCAGCUAAAGGCAAACUUGAGGAUUUGGACGUGAAAACAAAUGAACACUUAUUGCGACCUACACAGGGAAAGUUUGGGCUCUGUUUGAAAGGCGUUAUCAAUGGACAGCAUGUCCAUUAUAACGCAAGUUAACAAGGAAGAUGAAUCAGUGGAAGUGAGCCCGUAUACGCAAGCUAAACUACCUGGUUCGAUCUCCAAAAAGACCAAAAAUCGGAACAUAUUUUCUUCGUUUUUCUGUUGUUUUGGCGCGCAAUCGGCUGCAGCCGGUACCCCGUGUACAACUGUAACCCACACAAAUCACAACCACAACGAGAAUGAAAACUCGCUCAGCAGCGAAGAAAAAGAUUCGAAGCCCUGUAAAUAUCUCCUUCCUCCAGUCAGACAUCAGGAUAUGCACAAAAAAUGUAUAGUGAUAGAUCUUGACGAGACACUGGUCCACAGUUCCUUUAAGCCUGUUCAUAAUGCAGACUUUAUUGUUCCUGUGGAAAUCGACGGUACUAUUCACCAGGUGUAUGUGUUGAAACGACCUCAUGUUGACGAGUUUCUUCAAAGGAUGGGAGAGUUGUUUGAAUGUGUUCUUUUCACAGCUAGCUUAGCAAAGUAUGCAGACCCAGUGGCCGACUUGCUGGACAAGUAUGGAUCGUUCCGUGCCAGACUCUUCAGGGAGUCCUGUGUGUUCCAUAGGGGAAAUUAUGUCAAGGAUCUAAGUAAACUAGGAAGAGAUUUAAAGCAUGUUCUUAUUGUGGAUAAUUCACCUGCGUCAUAUAGUUUUCAUCCUGAGAAUGCAGUUCCAGUUGCAUCAUGGUUUGAUGACUUUUCUGACAUGGAACUUUUAGACUUGAUUCCCUUCCUCGAAACAUUGAAUGAAGUUGAUGAUGUCUGUGCAUUUUUGAGAAGUGCUAACAUGAACAUCCUGAAAGGCAGAUGCGAUUCACUGGAAAUCCGUAGCUGAAUGACAGUGUAAUUAAUUUUAAGGUUUUUAAACUAAAGGCUUUAAUUAAUUUACAUUUUUCUCUUUUAUAUUGAGACACUAGACAAACUGAAAGUAUUGUUAGUUAGCACUCUUAUUGAUAAUUUUUAUCGGUAUUAGUGCACAUCAUGAGGUGAGAUUUGGGUCUCCUGUGUGGUGUGCACAAUAUUUUUAAUAAGAUCCACUUACUGAGCUAACUACAACCAAUGCACAAAUAACAUUAUCACAAAACAUAUUGCUUUGUAUACAUUUUCACAGUUGAUUUUACCUUCUUCAUAAGGGAAGUAAGGAUUUUUCAAAUUAGUUUCUUUUCUUGUUAUAAAGAAAUUUUCUCUCUGUAGAAUGUUAUUAUUCAU